AUGUCCUACAAAACAGUUAACGAAGUUAGAUCUCAUUUGCUUCAUAGGGGCUUUUCUGAAAGUUUUAUCCUAGGGGAAGGAGAAGAAAAAGAUUCAUUUGGGGGCAUCAGUGAAAGGGUUGACAAUGAAGGUGGAACCGGUGACCGUGAUUCUAUAAAGGAUAUGAUGGAGUCACUAAUCCGUGGUUCGAUACAUGGAGAGAUCAUGGGUACUGAAUCUGAGGAGCUGAAUGAAAGUGCCAAGACAUUCUUUAAAUUAUUAACAGAGGCAAAGAGGGAACUUUAUCCAGGUUGCAAGGAGGCUACUAAGGUAUCUUUCAUUGUCAGGCUAUUUCAGAUUAAGUGCAUGUAUGGUCUUAGUAACAAUGCAUUAGAAGCUAUUAUUGGGUUGUUCUCGCUUUUGCUCCCUGAAGGUCACUGUGUUCCUGACACUUUAGAGAAGGUGCAAAAGGUAGUCCGUGAUCUUGGCCUGGACUAUGAAAAGAUACAUGCAUGCAUCAAUGACUGUGUUUUAUUUCGGAAGGAAUAUGCUGACAUGGAUACAUGUCCAACAUGUGGUGAGUCUAGAUGGAAAACAUCUAAUUCAGAUGAGAAGGAGGGGUCAUGUAGUGAUGAUGCUGCACCAAAGAGGCGAGUCCCACAGAAAAUCUUGAGGUAUUUUCCGGUUACUCCUCGUCUGCAAAGGUUAUACAUGAGAGCGAACACAUCCGAAUAUAUGCGUUGGCAUAAGGAGGGACUGGUCGAAGAUGGAAAAAUCCGACACCCUGCAAACUCAAUGGCAUGGAAGCACGUGGAUCAACAGUUUGAGGAUUUUGCUUUGGAUCCACGUAAUGUAAGACUAGGUCUUGCAUCCGAUGGCUUUAAUCCAUUUGGGAUGCUGAAUGUGACAUACACUACAUGGCCUGUGAUCCUAAUACCCUACAAUUUGCUUUCUUGGUUGUGCUUGAAACAAUCAUUUUGGAUGAUGUCAAUGUUGAUACCAGGGCCAAAAUCUCCGGGCAAUAACAUAGAUGUAUAUCUGCAACCCCUAAUUGAUGAGCUAAAAGAUCUUUGGUUAAAAGGUGUACAAACGUGGGAUGCGAAGGUGAAGAAGAAUUUCACUCUCCGUGCAGUGCUGCUUUGGACAAUUAAUGAUUUUUCUGCUUAUGGCAUGUUAUCUGGUUGGAGCACAAAAGGCAAGUUUGCAUGUCCAUACUGCAAUAAGGAUACAGAUUAUUUAUGGUUGAAAUAUGGGUCAAAGCACUGUUACAUGGGUCAUCGCCGAUUUUUGCCAAAGGGCCACAAGUGGCGCCGGAACAAGGUUAGCUUCAACAACAAAGUCGAAAACAGAGAUCCUCCAGUCCCCUUAACUGGUGAGCAGGUGCUGCAGCAGUAUGAAAGCUUUGAGCAAGUGACAUUUGGGAAGGCCUCAAAAAAAAGAAGCAACGUGACGAAGAAACCAGAUGGCACAACUAGAGGAAGAAAAGUAUUUUCUUUGAACUGCCUUACUGGGAAACAUUGCUUGUAA